UCAAUAUUUAGCAACUGCUCAGCUUGUUUGAAAGCGAGCCCACAAAUCUCGUCUGUGAUAUUCACUAACUGUGUAACGGGUCCGCUUCACACUUAAGGAUACUAUACAUGUGUUCCGUUUUAUAUAUGCGACGAUUCACGCUGUGUGGGCAAUUUCAACGCCGAUGACCGUAGCCUGUGUUGUGGAUACGAGUGAAACUGGACCGGAACAUAUCCGCAGUGUCUGGCCAUCUUGUCUUUGUCGACAGUAGGAAGUUUGGUGCCUGUUGCAGGCUGUGCACAUUUGUUCCUCACCAGUGAUUCCUUAUGCUUGAUAGAAGCUGCACCCUGUGUCUUACAGGAUGGAUGGUGUGGACCUAAAAAGACUUGUGUAUCAACAUCAGCACUCUGUGUUUUGCUGCGGUGUUCAGUCUUUUUCCAUUUACAAGAGAACACCUCCCAUCUUACAUCUCCAGUCUCUGCACUAUAUAUAUAAAGACCGUUUUUGAGCAAUAAAGAAGACAGCCAGAGAUUGAAGUGCUCUAUCCUUUUCCUUUUUAAAGCACAGAUAGAUACUGCUUAUAUAAGCCUGUAUGACGGACAUGGAAGUAUCCUUAUUUUAAUUUUUCAGUUGUUGUACCCCCUUACUCUUAGUGUGGGUGGUGGGAUGUCGGAAAAGCCAGACGACAAAAUGGUGAAGUUCCUGGCUCCCCCUCAGAAGAGUGGAAACGGCCCCAGUUCUGGUUCAGAUUCCAUGGUGAGUGAGUGCCGGCCAGCGGAAGUGAGACGCCGGCAUCACACCAUGGAGCGUGAUCGAUGUAAUCCUGAGCACCGUUUCUUGCGUCGCAGUGUCAUCAGUGAUUCUAAUGCUACAGCAUUGGCUCUCCCUUUACCCACCAAAAUCUCCAUCCCUGCACCUCAGUGGGUUCAGCUACGGGAAGCUGCCCCCCAGCGACAACAGGCUACUGCUGUUGCUCAUUUGCCGCGGACUGAAACAAGUUUAGCUCAAAAUGAGGAGUCUGCUGAUGGUGGAAGAGGAAGAGAAGAAGGAAAAGAUACAGAAAUAGCCAAGGUGGAUGUAGUGCCUUCAGACCAGGAGCCUGCGAGUGUACAAGAUAUCUGUGAUGGAGAGGCCGUGAUAGCAGCUCACUCUGCACCAGGGUUAGGAAGAGAAUUGCCAAGUCGAACAGAACCUGAAAGCACCACUGAGGUGAAGGUACAUCAUGAUGAAGAGGGGGAGGAAGAGGAUAAGGACUCUGCCAAGGCACGAGCAGAGGCAGAGCAGAGAGAAGCUGAGAAAAGAGUGCAGGACGACAUCGAAGAGGCGGAGACCAAAGCAGUAGGAACAUCACCAGAUGGGCGCUUCCUAAAGUUUGAUAUAGAAAUUGGACGUGGCUCCUUCAAGACAGUCUACAAGGGCUUGGACACCGAGACCACAGUGGAGGUGGCUUGGUGUGAGCUGCAGGAUCGUAAGCUGUCAAAGGCGGAGCGGCAGCGCUUUAAGGAAGAAGCAGGGAUGUUAAAGGGACUUCAGCAUCCCAACAUUGUCCGCUUUUAUGACUCCUGGGAGGGACCCUCCAAAGGCAGGAAGUGCAUUGUACUGGUCACUGAACUCAUGACUUCUGGUACACUCAAAACAUAUCUGAAGCGUUUCAAAGUGAUGAAAAUUAAAGUGCUGCGGAGCUGGUGUAGACAAAUCCUUAAGGGGCUUCACUUCCUUCAUACCCGGGCUCCCCCCAUCAUCCACAGGGACCUCAAGUGUGACAACAUUUUCAUCACAGGCCCAACAGGAUCCGUCAAGAUUGGAGACCUGGGAUUGGCCACACUCAAGCGUGCAUCUUUUGCCAAGAGUGUUAUAGGUACCCCUGAGUUCAUGGCGCCUGAGAUGUAUGAGGAGAAGUACGACGAGUCAGUGGAUGUGUAUGCCUUUGGAAUGUGCAUGCUGGAGAUGGCCACCUCAGAGUACCCUUACUCAGAGUGCCAGAAUGCUGCACAGAUCUACCGCAGAGUUACCAGCGGAGUGAAACCUGGCAGCUUCGACAAGGUGGCCAUUCCCGAGGUGAAGGAGAUCAUUGAGGGAUGUAUUCGGCAGAACAAGGAUGAGAGGUACUCCAUCAAGGACCUUCUGAACCAUGCCUUCUUCCAGGAGGACACAGGGGUGCGUGUGGAGUUGGCAGAAGAGGAUGAUGGAGAGAUGGAGGCGAUUAAGCUGUGGCUGAGAAUUGAGGAUAUAAAGAGACUCAAGGGGAAGUACAAAGACAACGAAGCUAUUGAGUUUUCUUUUGACCUCAACAAAGACGUUCCAGAGGAUGUCGCUCAGGAAAUGGUUGAGUCUGGCUAUGUGUGUGAGGGUGACCACAAGACCAUUGCAAAGGCCAUAAAAGACAGGGUGUCUCUAAUCAGUCGCAAGAGAGCACAGCGGCAGCAGGUCAGAGAAGAUCAAGAAAAGAGAAGGCUGGAAGAAGAACUGCAGAGUCAAUUACUGCCAGUGCAGCAACCAGGCCAACAAUCUAGUACAGAGUUGCCUCAGUCCCAGCCAGUGCCACAGCCUGCUUCUUAUGUUCCUCCACAACCAAACCAACACAGCACACAAAUGUCUGUCCAACCUGCUUCUCAGCAGAGCCUUCAUAGUACUAACUACAACACUGCUCAAUCAACCCAACUGACUGGGGUGGUACAGGGGGUCCCUUAUGUUCCUCAGUCAGCUGGGCAAGUCCCAGUUCCAGUUCAGGGUCAAAGUGUGGCCACCAUCCAGCCAGAGUCAGAGGAGCCUGAGACUGACCAACAUCUACAGCACACUGGAGGAGCCAGUCACAUGGGAGACAGACUACCUGGUUCCUCCAUCCUUCCUGAGGCCCAGCCUCCUCAGCCAGGAGUAUCUUACAGCUCCCCUCCCAGUCAGCACCUUCAGCCCCAGGUGUCAUGCCCGCAGACACAAAAUGACCAAAUGCAACAGCAGCAGCUGCCUGUGGUUCAGCCCCAGAUGCAAGGUGUCCAGCCUGAAGCUGUUCCUGUUGCACCCACAAGCCAGUCUGGUCCAGUGGCACCUCCACAGUACGGAGUUUACUACCAACCAUCGCUCCCCCCUCAGAUUCCCACCCAGCAAGUGGUGAUACCCCCAUCGUCUCAGUCGUCUGCCCCCCAGCAGCAGCAGCAGCAGCCAGAGAGCAGCUCUACUCUUCAGAGCUCCACUGUACCACAGGCACCGACUGGAGUUCAGCAGCUACAGACCCCUGUGAGUGGUCCUCAGUCCACAUCAGUGGAGCAGCCAGCUUUGGUUCCACAAUCUGUUGAAGGCUGCCUGUCAGAUGCAGCUUCAGGUCUUAGUGACGGCAAUGAUGGGAGUUCUACAUCAGGAGGUCGCCAUGAGGGGCGCUCACUGAAGCGUCACCAAAGGCGAUCCGUGCGCAGCCGUUCCCGCCAUGACAAGACCGCAAAGGCCAAGCUAAAUGUUCUCAGCAUUUCUAAUGUGGGUGACAGAGUAGCCGAGUGCCAGCUGGAAACACACAACAGGAAGAUGGUGACCUUCAGAUUUGACCUUGAUGGUGAUAAUCCAGAGGAGAUUGCACAGAUCAUGGUUGAGAGUGAGUUCAUCUUGGAGAGUGAGAGGGAGUCCUUCAUCGAGCAGAUCCGUGAAGUCAUAGAAAUGGCUGAUGAGAAAGGAGAGGGGAUGAAGGAAGGCUUUCCACAGAUGAGUGACCUCCAACAACAGCCUGAGCUGUCUGUUCCAAUGCUGCCAGGUAUUUCCCCCAGUACAACAGCCCAGGUGGUGCAUUCAGCAGGACGAAGGUUCAUCGUCAGCCCAGUGCCAGAGUCUCGUCUUAAAGAGCAGUUCUUUGGACCUUCUUCUGCUAAUACCUCCUUUGGAGAUGAACCUGCCCCCGCCCCCUCUAUGACAUUGGGCCUUUCUCUCUCCGCUCCAUCUGGGACCCUCCAGCAGGCUUUCAGCAAGAUGAAGGAGGCUCGUGUAGAGAGAUGCAGCACCCUUGAUCUCCCUGUUGCUGAUCAAGAGCCAGGCACUGUGCCGUCCAUUGAGGCUGGACCUGUCCCAAACUCUAACAAUAUGAUGCCUCCUCCAGAAUCUCUUCCAUCUACUGCAACAUCCUUGCCACCUCCCUCAACUGGGAGGAUUUCCCCUCCACCUAUAUCUACUCAGUCCCAAACUCCCGCUCCUGUCAGCAGUGAUCCCAGUCCACCUUCUCAGUCUUCCCAUGAAACACCCCCCUCACAGCUUCCACCAGCUGCCGUUUCUCCCCCAUCAGUGCAGACCUCCGUCCCUGCAGUACCUGGGCCUCAGCAGAGCAGUACUUCUGUCUCUGUCUCUUCUGUUGCUGUUGUUGCAUCUAGUAGUACUGGUACCGUCCCUGCUUCAGAGCAGCAGCCUUUUAAUAGUGGUGUUACAUCUUCUCAGCCUAUGAAUUCGUCUAUCCAUGCACCACAGCACACAACCUCCCAGUGUCAGCCCGUUCCCAUUUCUGCUCAGCUCCCACCUCCCACCUCAUCAACCAGUCAGAGCCAGGUCCAGUCACAGCCGGUAGAGUCGGAGGGGGCUGACGUCCAGUCGAAGACCGCUGGUAGAGAUGACAUCCAAACCCUGGAUAAGAAGCUACGGUCACUCUUUAAAGACCAGAGCACUGCCUCCUCAACGUCAGUGGAUCCCAGUCAAAACGCAGGGACCUCCUCUCCUCCGACAGGGACUUCUUCCCCUCCACCUGGAGCUGUCCUGGUGCCCCCCUCUAACCUUCCCCUCACCUCUGGGGUACAAAGUGUCUUGGGCCCCACAGCCACCCCGGGACAGAUUAUUACCCCAGCUGGACAUCCCCAUACCCCUCCAACAAAGCCCAGGGCACAGACCCUACCUACUGGUUUUGAUCAAGCUGCUACACCUCCCUCUGACCUUGUACCUCCAUUUCCUGGACCAAAUCAGCAGCCACAGCAACCCCUGGGUAAUUUGGAUGCACAGUUGAGAAGAGCUCUGAGCCCAGAGACUGUUCAGGGAGGUAACAGAGUCCAGCCUCCAGCGGCAGGGUUCACUCUGGGACGUUUCCAAGUAUCUGUUGCCACUGAUGGUGUGUCCAGCAGCGUUCCAGAUCCCUCCAGCAUUGUUUCCUCUUCUUUGCUCACACCGUCCUCUACCACCUCCUCCUCCUCCUCCUCCUCCUCUUCUUCUUCUUCCUCUUCCUCCUCCUCCCCCUCAAGUCCAGAAAAUACCCUCCACCGGUCAUCGCCUCUGUCCAAAGGAGUCUAUGAAACUGACGCUGUAAAUGGAGCCCCAUCUCUGUCUGCUGCUCCUGCCAGUCAGCUCACCACUAUUGGCCGCUUCCAAGUGUCCACGAGCAGCAGUGCCACAUCUGGACCCACCACUGGCUCUAAAGUGGGACGAUUUUCAGUCACAGUGACCCCAGUUCCUGCAGCAGGUUCCAGUCCAUCACACGGCUCCAGUAUGCAGAACGGGCCCUCAUCUUCAACAUCUGACCCGCAUAAUGCACACGCCCAUUACAGCAGUGACAAUGAUGACGACUCGGAGACUGAGGACGAGGCUUUACAGAAGGAAAUUAGCCGUUUGAGAGAAAAACACAUGAUGGAGAUUCAGGCCUUGCAUACUCGUCAGAAAGAGGAGAUUGAGGCUCUGUUCACGAGCAUGGGCAAACAUCCUCCUCCUUCUGUCUUAUCCCCUGCUGUGGCCAUGGCUGGAGGUCGACGUAGGCUGAAAAGCAAAAGCCACAAAUCUGCUCGCAGUAGUGGACAACCCAGUCCCAUCCACUCAGGAUCUCCGGCCUCAGUUCAGAGCCUCCACAGUUCAGAGUCCCCUCCGAAGCAAAGUUCACCCUCUGCAUCAGAGGCCUCAGAAACAGCAACAGAGUCGUCUCAAACAGUUGGCAAGUCAUCCACACAGCAGCUCCGAUCCUCUCCAUCCAUGCCCAUCCUCAGCAGUUGCUCCACAGGAUCUAGCGGGACCAGCUCCACAAACGGUUCAGGCCACUGCCAGAACCAUCCUACUUCCCUGACCCAAGCAACUGGACCCGCUCCUUCUGCCUCUCACACCCAGAAGGGCAAGGGCACCUUCACUGAUGACCUGCACCAACUGGUGGAUAACUGGGCCAGAGACGCCAUCAGCCUCUCCCACUGCAAGAGAGGUCCUAAAACUGGAGCACAGGCAGUACUGGGACAUGAUAUGAUCCCUCCAGCCAACAUGGGCCGUAAAUUUUCAGCUCCAGGCUACCUUUGCCCAACACUUCCCACGCCUCCCAACGCCACAUCCACCACCACCACUCACCUUCCCAACCCAGCCAAUCCUUCUGUCGCUUUGGGGCCCCGUAAAGGCUCUCUGGGCCCAGUUGCUCAGGGGUACGGAUAUGCCUCGGCCCCAUACAGCACUCCUCAGUGGGCAGGACCCACAGGCACAUGCCAGGUCAGCAUGCUUAACCCUGCACAGCCGCUAGCACAGUACCAGCCGCCUACGACAGCCCCAGUGUCCAUGCACCAAGGCUACCACAUGGGAACCACGCCAGCCCCCCAGAAAUCAGUCAACCCUGGAGGGUCCAACCUGAGGCCUACGUAGCGGAGUCAGAGCCCCGGUCCAGGUUGAGACAGCAGGUCCAUGUAGGGCAGAGAGGGCAGACAGUCGUUGAUCGAGAACCACUAGCUCUCUUUGCAGUUUGCUGGUUAGCUGGCUGGGUAUUGUGCUUUUUAUUUUUAUUUUAACUUGUAUCAUUUUGUGUUAUGAGUUGACCUGUGUCCUCUCAGGCAGAACGAAAUCUGUCUGGCAAUUGGAGGGAGAGUGCAAUACACACCCACAGCACAAGAGUCUCACACUUAGCCUGCCAUUAGCUGUGGAAUUGAGCUGUGACGAAUGGGUUGGUUGUGUCUUGUGAUGUAACGACCCAAAGGCAUAACCAACAGCUGCCAAAGAUGUCCUGUGAAAGCAGACGUUGUAAUGUUGUGAUUCCUUUGAAGAGGAGAAGGUAGGAGGGAUUCUGGUUGACAUCCUUACUGGUCCUGAAUUUAAGCCAAACUGGCACUGAAAACAGUGGAACUAAUACACCACAACAGACACGUGUGUUCACACACACACACCCGACUAAACAUUGACAUGGUUGAGUGAUUUGGGAUGGUAGGUUAUUUUGUCUCAGAGAGUGAGGGGAGAAUGUAAGUGUACAGAAAGUGGAAGAUAAGAGCGAGGGACAGUUAGUUUGUCCCAGGUGGAGCAGUAAAGUGUGACUGGUGGAGUGAGAAGAAAGACAUGGCAAGUUAGGCUGGAGUGUAAUGGGUAGGGUUGGAGUAUGAAUACAUCCCUGUGGCUACCUAUGAAGUAAAAUGCAAUAACGGCAAAGAGUAGAUAAAACUGUCCCUUGUAACUGUGGCCUUAAUCCCCAAACAUUUAAACAUUGACUUUGUACAUAGAUAUUUCUUCACUGGAUUAUGAUUCCAUGUUUAGCAUAUUUAUGUCCCCGUGAGAGUCUAGUGUCAUUGUGAUUUGAGUUUCUACCAUAUAGAUUUAUUAUCAUACUGAUUUAUUCUUCACAUCUGACAUGUAAGCCAGUGGAUCUGCCACAUAAAAAAGCAUUGUCCUGGUGUUGACCACCAUUCGGAGUUUGAAACUGAAGGAGGUGAUGCUGCUGUAGUUCACAAUCUGGGUAGAGAGUGUUUGCAGGGUGAUAAAUUAUUUUUGUUAUUUUUGUUUUUGUUUUGUUUAAGCACAAGAAUGAAAUCUUGUUAAGAAUCCUAAGUUGACACAUGAAACCACUUCACCUAGUGCUUAGCAAUGAGAGACGAGCAGUUCAAAGUCUGCUUCUCAUAUCAUACAAAAUUAAACAGUUUUUGUUUAUUAGGAUAGUGUUUGGUUUCAGACUCUGAGGGAACACAGAGUCCCCACUUCUCCCAGUUGUUUACACAGAUAGUGCACAGCUCAUGAACAGGCUGUUAGCAAAGUCAUGUCACAUUAAAAUAUCUCCGCUCAUAACAUUUAGCCGUCACCUCUCAAAUCACAAGUGUCUGGGGUUCUCUCUCUGUGGUCUGUUUUUGUAUGCGUUAUUUAAUAAAAACAAACAAAAUGUUCUUUAUGGACCUGUAUUCAGCCAUCAGAUUUUGAUGUUGUUUCACUGUAAUUAUUAUUAAAGGUUGUUAAACAACAUGUAGUUAAAGGAAUAUAAAAAGUGCAAUUGCAGGGUUGUUGUUGUUGUUGGUAUCCUACUCACCACGCAGGAGUAAUCCUGUGGUUUAUUAAGCUCUUCUAUCUAUGACUGCCCUGCCCCCCCCCCCUUUUCUAUUUUAUUGUAUAUACGUUAAUGUGAGGUAAACGCUUUCACGUAACGCUCAGUCACUAGAGUAUGCUUGUGGUGACCCACUCUACAUGCACACGCACUCUAACCUGUAAACAUGAGGAACACUUUAGUGCCUUGCAUCCUCACUAAUGACAAGUUCCAGUUUCAUCUAGUCCUGUAGCUGUGACUGUACUGCAGAAAACCACUUAACCCAUACACGAUGUAAACACAACCCGACACGGCCAACUUGGAGGACGUAACGGUCUGAACCGCUGGACCAGACACCACACACAGGACUGCAGAACAAAGAGCACACUGAGUAAUGUGGAAACAGUUUCUUUUCUCUCUACAGUUACAUUUGUGUUGGUUGUGUAAUCAGCUGUGUAUUUAUAUUUGGCUCAUGCGUACAUGGUUUAGACUGACAUGUUUUUGUGGAUUUAUCAUUAAACCGUUUCAUAGAAGCACUUGUCCAGGCAGCGAGUGAGUUGUAUCAAGGUUCAAAAAGUUGUCACGCUCUCGUGCAUGCUCAACUUUUGUCUCACCACCUCACACGAGUGCCAUGCUGUCAUUGUGACUCUUUUGCCUGCUUGUAGAUUGAAUGAAUAGUUAAACUUCUCUAGAGAAAAAAUAAGUUACUGCAAUGCAGAAUAUGCAAUGUUUAAAGUUUUAUAAGGUCUGAGGGGUAAUGGAAACAUUUGCAUGCUGAUGAGGGUUGUUACUGACUUCAGUGUUUUUGAUAUUGGAAUAUUAGUGAUUUUUUUUUUAUUAUUAUUGUUAUUUGCCUUUCUGAGAGUCAUCACAAAGUGUUGAUGUUUAAUUGCCAUUCACCAAUAUCACAGACACAACUUCAAUAUCAGACUAUCAGCAUAUGGUUUCUGCAUGCCGGCUUCACUGGUGUUUAAUCUUACAAAUGACAACUGGCCACUGUACAGCACAAGCUCACAGCAAAGCUUUGGUCCAUGUGCUACUAUGGUAUUAUCAGUACUUAUCACAGACCUCAAUACAGUACUGUUUGAGGCUACUGACACGCAGUAAUAUCUGUUGGACUCUUUAUUUCUGAUCCCUCCGUACAGACUUUCUGUGAUUCUGUCUGUUUUGUGUUUUUCACGUUGUACAAAAUGUAAAAACAAAUAAAAAUAUCAAUUAAAGCA